AUGGUCUGCGGGGCGGGGGGGGGGGGGCAUCGAGGGAGGGGGCCGCCUGAGGGACCAUGGCCCAGCAGGGGCCAGGAUCCCCCUCACUGGCCAUACUGGCCCCACCGUGAUCUGGGACCCCCCCAGACUGGCCAUACUGGCACCAACACCCCCCGUACUGGCACCAACACCCCCCGUACUGGCCAUACUGGUCCCACCAUGAUCUGGGACCCCCCGGACUGGCCAUACUGGUCCCAGCCCAGUGGACGCUGGUCCCGUGUCCCCUCCCCGUGGAGCAGAGCCCUGCGUGGGACAGUUCUGCUGCCCCAUUUGGAAAGGCCCAUCCCUCCUGUCUCCCUUUGCCCCACUUUGUCCCCUCCCCCCCUCUGUCCCCCCCCAUCCCCAAAGCACAACCCCCGCCCCACCCCAACACCCGACCCAGACCCCAGCGGGGCAUCUCGGUGGUCCCUUGCAGACAGAGUCUGUGCCUGCACCUCCCGCUGCCCCCCCCCCCCGCACCCUCUCUGCCCAUCCUGGGGGGUGCAGGGCUUCAGGCUCCCCCCCCCAGCACCCCAGGGUGCUCCUCGCCUCCCUCCCGCUGCCCCCAGGGACCUUCCCCAUCACACCCCCGCCACGGGGCACGGGGGGGUUGGGGGGCGGGGGGCGUGGGGAACCCCUCUCCUUUCCCUGGCCUCGUGGGGGCUGCUGGUGGGGGGGUCACCCCAGGCCCCUGUGGCUGUUCAAGGCCUUUUUUGGGGUGGGGGGUGGGGGUCUGUGGCAUCGCCAGCAUCACUUGGGGGACCCCGCCAGCACAGGGGGGCUCAGGGGGCUUGGGGGGGGGGUGGCCGUGCAGACCCCCAUCACCUACAGCCCUUUGGGGGGGGGGAUGUUGCAGCCAGGGCAGGGGGCCGGCAGCGUCUUCAAUAAAUUAAGUUUUAUUUGGAUUAGUGUCGUUUGCAAAUGGGGUCAAUAAAUUACAUAACAGUUAAAAAACAACAACAACAAACAAAAACAAAACAAAAAACCCAAACAAACAGAAAAAAAAAAAAAAAGAAAAAAGAAAGAAAAAAA